AAAGCUCUUCUCAUUGGACCAGCAUUGCACAACAUGCCCGAUGCAUGGUUUGAAUUUCUAGUGUGUUGUGAGUUGUGCUUGCUUGCCUCGUAGCUCUUUGGAAAGUUUUUGCAAAAGGUAAAUCAGGUAUCGGGCAGAGUAUCAGGUGAAAAUGCGUCCCGAAGGGGCUCGCCGGAAGGGAACCCCUAAAAAAAGGUCUCCACCGGCCCCUCCACCAAGAAGGCGACGAGAGAGUGGAGAGAGCUCCCCGCGCAAAAAGAGGCGCUACAGGCCAGGCACCAUGGCCCUGAAGGAGAUCCGCAAGUACCAGAAGUCCACCGAACUGCUGCUUCGGAAGGCACCCUUUUCUCGAGUGGUGAGGGAGAUCUGCAUGGGCUUGAGCAGAGAGCAGUACAUGUGGCAGGCCUAUGCCCUCAUGGCACUACAAGAGGCUGCGGAGGCUUUCCUGGUGCGUCUCUUUGCGGACGCCAAUCUCUGUGCCAUCCAUGCCAAGAGGGUGACCAUUUUCCCCAGGGAUGUGCAACUAGUGCAACGGAUACGGGGGCCCGACAAUGUGUGAUAGAGUUUGAGAGAGAGUGGAGUGUCUGAGAGAGUGGAGUGUCUGAGAGAGAGAGGGAGAGUGGAGAGUCUGUGUAUGAAAGUGAAUGUCCGCGAGUGUGUGUGUGUGU